CUGUGUGAUGGGCGAAGGCUGCUUGAGGCGAGACAGAGAAGGGAAGGAUCAUCUGCCACUAGUAAAGCUCAUAAACGCGCGGAUCUUGGGAGGAAGCCCCGCUGCCCGGUAGAAGAGAUCAAAUAGGAUCCUCCUACAUCUCCCAUCUAAGAAGCUCUGCAUUUGGAUACAACAUUAUUGCAAACUUCCCCGGUAAUUAAAGUCCUGCAUGGUAUCUUCCUGACCCUUAGAAGAAUGUUCAAGGAAUAUUUCCAAUACAAGGGGAUCAACUUUCCUCAUAUCAUCUAUUCAGAACAAGUGCUGCAGUUGGUGGAAAACAGUUUCCAAGUUCGAGAUGAUGACAUUUUCAAUGUCACCUACCAGAAGUCAGGGACAGUGUGGAUGUUGGAGAUCUUAAGUCUCAUCCUUAGCAAUGGGGACCCCAACUGGUGCCGAACUGUCCCCAACUGGAACCGGGCCCCUUGGUAUGAGACAGUGAUGGGCUACCGGAAGGCUUUAACAAGCAAGUCACCCCGCCUCAUCAGCUCCCAUCUGCCGGCACAGCUCUUUGCACAGGCCUUCUUCAAGUCCAAAGCCAAGAUAAUCUAUACAGUUAGGAAUCCAAAAGAUGUCUUGGUAUCUCUCUACCAUUUUGCCUCCAUGUUUCGACCCUACAAAGACCCUGGAACCUUGGACCAAUUCCUGGAAGAUUUUCUAAAGGGGGAUGUGCCCUUUGGAUCCUGGUUUGACCACGUUAAAGGCUGGAUGAACUUGAAGGACAAGGAGAACUUCUUCUUCAUAACAUAUGAGGAGCUGCAAGAGGAUUUGAGGGGAAGCGUCGCCCGUAUCAGCCAAUUCUUGGGCAAGGAUCUAGAUGAUGCAGCCAUUGAUGCCGUGGUGGCAAACGCCUCCUUCGAAGCCAUGAAAAGUAAUAAGAUGUCAAACUUCUCGUGUGCACCACGUUUCUUCAUGGACCAUAAGAAAAGUGCUUUUCUUCGCAAAGGGAUCUCUGGUGACUGGAAGAACCAUCUGACGGCUGCACAGAGUGAAUGUUUUGACCGGAUCUACCAAGAGCGUGUGCGAGAUUUAGAUGUCACAUUUCCUUGGGACAAAAAAUGAAGCCAGCUUCUCCCUCUGCUCUUCUCCCUCAUUGGACUGAAUCGUAACUGAAUGGGACACCAACAGUUAGAGUAACGUGCAGUAGAUUCAUGGGAACAACUGGGGUGGGAGAAGCAGAAGCUGGGACUCCUGGAUGGCAUGAAAGAAAAUGGGAUUUAGUGGGUAAGAACAGGGAGGUAAGGUUCUAGAAGAUGAGCAGGAUGUAGUGGAAUAGAUUCCAGAGCAGGCCUGGCUGACACAGAAGGCCCCAUUCAAUGGUUUAAGGCAUUGGUUUUUGGCUAGUGGGUAGGAAUCUGUCAGCAGGUCACAUCCUGACACCCUAAUGGCAGCGUGUUCACUUUUUUUUUAAAAGAGAAAAGUAGACAGCUGGAGAGGAGAAAAGUGUGAGAGUGUUUCUGCACUACUAGUUUAUAUGGAUUCUAUGCUAGUUUUAACUGGCAUGGCUCCUUCUCUCAAACGCCAUUUGUUCGAUCCAGGGGCUGAGGGCCAAACUCGCAUUUUUCUUCCAGGGCACAUCACAUUUGGUAUCAGAGAUGGACUGGGAGAAAAAUGCUUAAGACACUGGCACUCGAACUCCUCUUGCUUUACUCAUGAAAGGACAACGUGAAUAAAUGCGUGUAGAUUGUCCUCCCCUUAUCAUGUCUAGUUUAACGGUAAGAAUUAUAUUGGAGAUCUGUCUCUACCUUCCCCCUCAAUGAACUACAAUUCCCAGGGUUCUCUAGGGAGAAGGCAUUAAUUAAAUCAGAGUGUGUCAGCAGUUGGAGAUGUACCCUGGAGAAGCAGAACACAUGUAUGUUAAAAAAUUUAAAGUGCGUCUAUGUUGCAGGUUGGGGUUAAUAGUGGGUUCAGUGUCUGAAAGGGAUUGGAGAUGACGAGAGGCCUAAGGAGAGAAACAGAACUUUAGCGAACGUCUAUAAUUCUGUGGCACAGUAGGAAGCCCACAUACCACGGCAGGGCAGGCCCCCUUGACUUCCACCUCUCCCACCACACCUCAUGUUCUGUUUACCCUCAAUAGGACUUUCAGCACUUUUCUGUGUUGCCUCUGCUAUGGCUGACAAUGCCAACCACUCUGUGUAUCUCGUUCACAGAAUUCCUCUCCUUCCAGAGGAGAGGAAUUCCAAUUUGGUUAGGGAGAACCAAAUUGAUUUUGAGACUUUUUUUCCCCACCAGAGGGCAGUAAUACCUCCAUUUUUGACAACCUUCUCCCAAUUAGAUCCAGGUUCCAUUCACACAAAUCCCACUCAGUUUAUUACAUCCACACAGCUUUGAACAUUGUAAUGAUUUCUACCGAAACCUGGGGAACCCUUGGCCAUAUUCUUCCCUUGAGAAGACCUGCUGAAGCUUGAGAACAAGAAGUGUGGUUGGUCUUCCAUAUCAAAUUGCCUUUGACUACUAAGGUCACUGCUCUCUAUGGCCACUGCUAGUGGCUCUCCAAGGUAGACCAAAUCAUUUUAAACUUUUGGACCAUUAGGAUGCCAAACAUGUGCUCCAAAUAUGAGCUACCCUCCGGCCCUUAUAUCUGUAUCAAACAUUCCCAAAUAAACCCAGUUUUCCCUUGGAA